UCCGGGGGCCGGCCCGGUGCGGCGGAGCGGCGAUGGCGGCGGGCGGGCGGCGCUGAGGGACCGGCCAUGGAGCGCGGGCCGGGCCGGCCCAGCCUGCAGCUCGUCCAGCAGGCCGUGCAGGCGCUCUACCACGACCCCGACCCCAGCGGCAAGGAGCGGGCGAGCUGCUGGCUGGGCGAACUGCAGCGCUCGGUCCAUGCUUGGGAGAUCUCGGACCAGCUGCUGCAGAUCCACCAGGAUGUGGAGUCCUGCUACUUCGCGGCGCAGACCAUGAAGAUGAAGAUCCAAACUUCUUUUUAUGAACUCCCCACGGAUUCCCAUGCCUCACUCCGGGACUCCUUGCUGUCCCACAUCCAGAACUUGAAGGACUUGUCCCCAGUCAUUGUCACACAGCUCGCUUUGGCAAUAGCUGAUCUUGCCCUGCAGAUGGCUUCGUGGAAGGGCUGUGUGCAGACACUGGUGGAGAAGUACAGCAAUGACGUGACGUCGCUGCCCUUCCUGCUGGAGAUCCUGACGGUGCUGCCCGAGGAGGUGCACAGCCGCUCACUGCGCAUCGGGGCCAACCGCCGCACCGAGAUCAUCGAGGACCUGGCCUACUACUCCAGCACCGUGGUGUCACUGCUGGUGACCUGUGUGGAGAAGGCGGGCAAUGAGGAGAAAAUGCUCAUCAAAAUCUUCCGGUGCCUGGGCAGCUGGUUCAACCUGGGUGUCCUGGACAGCACCUUCAUGGCCAACAGCAAGCUGCUGUCCCUGCUCUUCGAGGUGCUGCAACAGGACAAGACCUCGUCCAACCUGCACGAGGCUGCGUCGGACUGCGUGUGCUCGGCCCUCUACGCCAUCGAGAACGUGGAGACCAACCUGCCCCUGGCCCUGCAGCUCUUCCAGGGCGUGCUCACCCUCGAGAGUGCCUAUCACAUGGCUGUGGCACGGGAGGACCUGGACAAGGUGCUCAACUACUGCCGUGUGUUCACCGAGCUGUGCGAGACCUUCCUGGACAAGAUCGUGUGCACGCCGGGCCAGGGCCUGGGCGACCUGCGCACGCUGGAGCUGCUGCUCAUCUGCGCGGGGCACCCGCAGUACGAGGUGGUAGAAAUUUCCUUUAACUUCUGGUAUAGACUGGGGGAGCACCUGUACAAGACGGACGAUGCUGUGAUCCACAGCAUCUUCAAAGCCUACAUCCAGCGCCUGCUGCACGCGCUGGCCCGGCACUGCCAGCUCGACUCCGACCACGAGGGAGUCCCAGAGGAGACCGAUGACUUCGGGGAGUUCCGGAUGCGUGUGUCAGACCUGGUGAAAGACCUGAUCUUCCUGGUGGGCUCGGUGGAGUGUUUUGCUCAGCUCUACGCGACGCUCAAGGACGGGAACCCGCCCUGGGAGGUGACAGAAGCCGUGCUCUUCAUCAUGGCCUCCAUCGCCAAGAGCGUCGACCAGGAGAACAACCCGACGCUGGUGGAGGUGCUGGAGGGCGUGGUGCGGCUGCCCGAGUCGGUGCACACGGCCGUGCGCUACACCAGCAUCGAGCUGGUGGGCGAGAUGAGCGAGGUGGUGGACAGGAACCCGCAAUUCCUGGGUGAGUCCCGUGCCCCCGCGGCCCCGCCGCGCCCACCGCCCCCUGACCGAGCCCCUGUCUCCGCAGAUCCCGUGCUGGGCUACCUGAUGAAGGGGCUCUGUGACCGGCGCCUGGCGUCGGCCGCGGCCAAGGCCAUCCACAACAUCUGCUCCGUGUGCCGGGACCACAUGGCCCAGCACUUCUCGGGGCUGCUGGAGAUCGCCCGCGCCCUCGACUCCUUCGCGCUGUCGCCCGAGGCCGCCGUGGGGCUGCUCAAGGGGACGGCGCUGGUGCUGGCCCGGCUGCCCCUGGAGAAGAUCUCGGAGUGCCUGAGUGAGCUCUGCGCCGUGCAGGUGCUGGCGCUCAAGAAGCUGCUCUCCCAGGAGCCAAGCAAUGGCCUCUCCUCAGACCCUACAGUGCCCCUGGAUCGACUCGCCGUCAUCUUCAGACACACCAACCCCAUUGUUGAGAACGGCCAGGUCCACCCGUGCCAAAAAGUCAUUCAGGAGAUCUGGCCGGUGCUGUCGGAGACCCUGAACAAGCACAGUGCCGACAACCGCAUCGUGGAGCGCUGCUGCCGCUGCCUGCGCUUCGCCGUGCGCUGCGUGGGCAAGGGCUCGGCCGCGCUGCUGCAGCCCCUCGUCACCCAGAUGGUGAAUGUGUACCGGGAACACCAGCACUCCUGUUUCCUCUACCUGGGCAGCAUCCUGGUGGAUGAGUACGGCAUGGAGGAGGGCUGCCGGCAGGGCCUGCUCGACAUGCUGCAGGCUCUCUGCAUCCCCACCUUCCAGCUCCUGGAGCAACCCAACGGCCUCCAGAACCACCCGGACACCGUGGAUGACCUCUUCCGCCUGGCAGCCAGGUUCAUCCAGCGCAGCCCCAUCACCCUGCUGCGCAGCCAGGUGAUGAUCCCCAUCCUGCAGUGGGCCAUCGCUGCCACCACCCUGGACCACCGGGACGCCAACUGCAGCGUCAUGAAAUUCCUGCGGGAUCUGAUCCACACUGGGGUGGCCAACGACCAUGAAGAGGACUUUGAGGUGCGGAAGGAGCUCAUCAACCAGGUGAUGACCCAGCUGGGGCAGCAGCUCGUGAACCAGCUCCUGCAGACGUGCUGCUUCUGCCUCCCGCCCUACACCCUGCCCGACGUCGCCGAGGUGCUCUGGGAGAUCAUGCAGAUCGACCGCCCGACGUUCUGCCGCUGGCUGGAGAACUCGCUGAAGGGGUUGCCAAAGGAAACCACGGGCGGAGCCAUCCAGGUGACACACAAACAGCUCACCGACUUCCACAAGCAGGUCACCAGUGCUGAGGAAUGUAAACAAGUCUGCUGGGCUCUGAGGGACUUCACCCGCCUGUUCCGAUAGCUCCGGCUCCACAUGGCACCUGUCUCCCAGGAAUGUCUUUAAGGAGAAGACAGGAAACAGCAACCCAAGAAUGUGUCCCACAAUCAGCCGAGGGCUCUCGCCCGCUCCAGCGCGUCCCCGAGUCCGGAGCCACGGGAGGAGGGCUCGGGGGUCCCGGCGGCCGCGCGUUCCGGGGCUCGGCCACCGCCACGAGCAGCAGCCCCAGGGCAGCACCUCCAACCCAACUGCAACCCACCAGGCACCGGAGCCACGCGGGUCCCCCCGGGUCCGCCCGGCAGCAAAAGAAGUAGAAAAACUUUCUGUGAAAUGGAGACAAAAAAAGAAGGAAAAGAAACAAACAAAAAACAAACAGUACAAAUUGUUUAGGAAGAUGGGGGGUCAGUCGGGGGUCCUGGGGCGCUGCCCCCCUGAGCCCACCGUGGCCUGCCUGGCGCCGACUCCCAGAGACGACGCAGGCGGGACGGACUCUGCAAAUAGAGAUUUAUAUUUUA